GAGGACCCCCUGGAGCGCGCCCUCGACUCGCUCGUGGGCCUCGAGCCGCUCAAGGAGGAGAUCCGCGCGCUGCGGCGCACGCUCGUCGUCGAGCAGCAGCGGCGGAACGUGCUGAAUCUGGGCGGCGACGGCAAGAAGCGCAAGGCCGCGCGCGUGUCCGCGCCCCACAUGGUCUUCCGGGGCUCGCCGGGCACGGGCAAGACCCACGCCGCGCGCCUCAUCUCCCAGCUCCUCAAGGAGCUCGGCUACGUCCACGGCGACAUCGUCGAGGUGCAGCGCGCCGACUUGGUCGCGGGCUACGUGGGCCAGACGGCGCUCAAGACGCGCGCGGUCAUCAACCGCGCCAAGGGCGGCGUCCUCUUCGUCGACGAGGCCUACGCGCUGACGCCGGGCACGUCCGCGGCGGCCGGCCGCGACUUCGGGGCGGAAGCGGUGCAGGAAUUGAUGCGCGACCUCACGUCCGGCGACCCCGUCGUCAUACUGGCGGGCUACCCCCGGGAGAUGGAGCGUUUUCUGAACGUGAACCCGGGCCUGAGCCGCCGCUUCCAGGUGCGCUUCACCUUUGCGGACUACUCGAUCCAGCAGCUCGCGGCCAUCUUCGUGAAGAUCGCGGACCGCAACGGCUUCCGCCUCGGCCGCGACUGCUCCGCGGCGCACCUCGAGCACGUG